AUGACUCAAAUGCAGCAUUUGGGCAAGUGUUGGGAGCAGCUUGUGGUCUUGCUGAAGGCAUCGGAGCGCAAGCAGGAAGUUUGCUUGCGACCGCUGCAAGAUCUCUGCAAGAAGUUGAGCCAUCAGAAACGGAUUUAUUGUGCUUGGUUGGAGGCAGAUGGGGCGGCAGCGCGUGGAGGCAGCACAUCGCCACUCUUGACAGCUUGGGCUGAGCUGCUCGAAAGCCUGGGGGAGGCCUGUGCUCUGUGUGCAGGACAGGCGGGCACAGCUGCGGCGGAGAAGUUUCAUCAGGCCAUCUCUUGGUUGAUGCAUGGCUUCCGGUGGCAGAAGCUUCCGAGGUUUUGA